UGAUUGACUAGUGAUUCAAAUAUCUCGAAAGCCCUGCUCUUCAAAUAUUCGAAAAAAGAAUCACCACGACGCGGUUUUAUCCAUCCUCUUUCUUCUUCCUCCAUCGCGUUAGGGUUUCAGACCAUUGCAGCUUCCCUUCAUUUCCACCGAAACUCUCACACAACGAGCGUCAAUUCACUGAAAUUCCAACUUCCCCAUAUUCACAAUCAACACUUUCUUCGUCGGAACUCCCUAAACGUUAAAAAAAUGAUAAAUUUAUUCAUAUCGGAGCCAAAUCAAAGCGACUACACAGAAGACGAAUCGCUGAAACCGAGAAUCCAACUAUUGAAGGAAUUAGAAACCGUUAUUUGGUCGGCGAUAAUCUCCGCAGGUCGCGCAGAAGCUCGAAUGUGGCUCUGCAAAACCCUAGCUGGAUUCAACCACGUCACGCCUCGCGAACAGCGUGCACUUUUCAUCAAUUUUCUAAGAGUUCCAAAGAAGAAGCACGAUCUCGCGUCUCAGCUGCUCAAUUUGAUGAUCGAUAAGUCGCCGCAAAAACUUGGUUCUGUUUUAUCCCGCAAUUCUUGCGUUCUCGAGAGUUUCUUCACCAGUAACCCUAAACGUGUUUUGCAGUGGUUUUCAUUCGCUGGAUUGGAGCAGGGGAAAGGAUUGAGAGCUUUGACUAAGUUUGCUUUUAAAAAUAGGGAUAUUUGUUGGGAAGAGUUGGAGUGGAAAGGAAAGCAUGGACAAUCACCUGCAAUGGUUGCUACGAAGCCUCAUUACUUUCUCGAUUUGGACAUUCAGCAAACAGUUGAGAAUUUUCUAGACAAUGUGCCUGAAUUUUGGUCAUCUAUUGAGUUUUCCGAGUCUGUGAAAGAUGGUGAUAUUUUUCUUAUUGAUAGGCUGUUUUUUGUUCGUUAUUUUAAGGAUUUGAUGUAUAAAGAGGAUUCAUGUGAUGUGUGGGAAGUUAUUGAAGAUUUCUUAGAAGAGCAGCCUUUCUCUUGUUUGUGUGAGCAUCUUCUCAUUAGUUUUGAAGAGAAGGAUUUCUGUUACUUUGUGGAGUUGCUUUGUAAAUGUCUUGACCCAAGAGUUGAAUUUGGAUGUUUGGAUGAUGUCUCUCGGUUGUUUGUGGUUGUUCUUUUGAAGUGUGGGGUUUCUGGAUCUAUUGACUUGAUGCUGCUAUUAAAUGCUGUGAUUGCUCAGGGGAGGCAGCUUCUAAGACUUUUGCGGGAUGAAGAAGCCAAGGAGUCAUUGGCAAAAAUCAAUGAGAUUGUGACGAAGAUAUCUGCAAUUCCCAGUGAUGGUAAUAGCUUGGCCAUGAUUUUCAAGAAUAGGUAUAAGAUGGCAACUGUGGAAGUGGUGAAGUGUCUUGGACUUCAGUCUUGGGUUCUUUACUAUAGGUUGUCGCAAGAGUGCCAAACUCCUGAGUUGUGGGAGUCUGUUUUUGUGUAUAAUCAAAUUGGUUUCCGCAAUUCUGAUAAACAUAUGCUGAUAGAUGAGGAUGGGCUGUUGACAGAAGAAGAUUGUUCUAGCUUUCAUCGCAUUUCUUCUGGAAAAGUUAAGAAAAGGAAGAAACAAAAAGCUAGACAGAAGAGGAGACGGACAUAUGAUUGUAAUGAUGAUGAGCUGCUAGAUUUUGAUUCUGGCACCCAGAAUUUGGAUUAUCUAUCAAAUACUAAAAGUUGGUUGCUUUCAACGGAUAAUUACUUUUCGGCAUGGAAUAUUGCGGACUUACCAGAGCACCUUCAUAGACUAUGUUUGUCUAGGUGGAUGAUAUGGCUUUUUGAAAAAUGAGUUUGGAAGUCUGUCUGCUUCACAGUAUCCACCAAAAAGAUGUUAUGAUAUCAUCAUUUCCAAACUGUUGGAUGACGAGAUCAAGCACUCCUUAGUCGGUGUUUUUGACUGAACUCAAAUGUAUAAAGCGGGUUGUGGCUCUUGAAUCUGCUCGUGGCUAUUGUUGGUGAUGUGGAAAAUUUUAUACCUCAUUUUGAAGAUUGUGAAAAGCCUAUUUAAGCUGUACAUAAAAGUCGAUAAACCUUGGGUUCAUUGUGAAGAUCCCGAAGUGAUAAAAUCUUUGCUAAGUUGCUUCACAGACUGCUACCACCGCCUUAUGGUCCGAAACAUGGGUGUCAGUGUGUCACCCAUAUGUUCCAAAGUUCCAUAUUGCAAAUCCCCAUGGCUUCAACCGGGCAUUAUUGAGAAUGCUAUGAUGAGCGUGUCUAGGCAAGUGACUACAACAGUGUAGUCAAGAUCGAGUGCUGGAUCGUAAGAUCUUACAUGCUAAGGCUGUUUGAGAGUGCUACGAUCAGUAAAAGAUCGUUUUCAUCGCCGGCGUGGUCAAUAAAGAGCUUUCCGAAGCAAGAUCGUAAAGUUGCCAUUUCGUCCUUUGGUAAGAUCUUACGUGCCUUGGUAAGAUCUUACGUGCCGUGCUAAUGAUCCGAGUCUUAUGAUCUUUCACAAACCGACCGAUCCUACUUAAGAUCUCGUGCUCGACUUCAUUAGACAACACUCAAAUUUCAUGAGUGGUUUUUGGACAGCAUACUCAUCAAGUUGUAAACUUUACAUGUGGCAAUCUUUGCCAGAUUGGAUGGAAGUUAUUAUUUUCUGGUAGGAGAUAGGGGAUGCAUGCUCUUGUUAUUGUUUCUCCAUUUUUUUACUUUUAUUCCUUUAUGAAGCAAGAUUGAAUUAGAAAAUUGGCUGCUGUGGUAAAGAAGAAACUCAACUAAUAUCUUCUAUAUCUCGUGGAUUUUUAUAUUUUGUUGAAUUGAACUUGUGAUGUGCCAUACAAUUUUGUUUAAAAGAUAGUGCACAAUAUUUUUGAUGAUAACAAUUA